UCGAGAGAGCAAACACGUCGGGUGACGAACUUCGCAAACAGCCGUCCGCGAUCCGUAAAUAUGUGCGUGUCGUCGUCGUGUUUCGCAGGCUCAUGGCGAUGUCAACGGCGAGUCUGGUGACGAUGGCGAUUUGAAGGAAUAUGCGGUAGUUCUCGGAAAACACGUAGUGCGCGCCGCGAGAAUUUUCGCGAACACUGGCUCGCGCACGAUCCGCUCGAGUGGCCCCCUCGGCUGACCCAAUUUUGAGAAACCAAGAUUCCUUCCUUCGCGGUUAGGCGAUCCUUCCGACGAACACUGCCGUCGAAGCAAGUGGCAUCCGGGACGGACAAUGACGACGUCGCGCGAGGUGUGAGGUUUGCGCGGCGGUUUCGACGAAAAAAACGCGAACGAAACGGAGUCCUCUCGUGGUGAUUUUUUUUUUUUUUUCUUCGCGAAAAGAUGCCUCUCGUGAACACGUUUCGUGUAAAAAAUUAAAAAAAAUUAAAUAUACAUUAAAUAAUACAUUACAGCCAAAAGAAAUUUAGGUUAAAUCAAUUUGAGCGAUGUUGUUUUUGUUGUAACCGUGCUCUCUCGGAAAAUUAGCUCUUGAUCUCUCUCUCUCGAGCCGCCCGCUUAUCAGUGGACAGUGGAGCUCAACAGGCGGUUUUCGCGACGUCGCGAAAAAAAAAUUCUGUGAAUAAUUUCUGUGGAUGUUGCUGCUGAGUUCCGCUGCGUGUUUUAACUCAGAGACCAGACUGAGCAGGCAAGAUGAAACAUGCUCGUCCAAAUUCUCAGACAGGAAUGCUGAUGGGACACAACAGUUGCGCGAUUGUGAUGAACCGCCAGCGAUUCACAGCCGGGAUUUCUACGCUUAUAUAUGGCAAUACAUGAGAGGAACUUUAUAUUUUAGCAAGAUGCCUCACGUCACGCGAAAAUGGGAACUAUUCCCGGGAAGAAAUCGUUUCUGUUGUGAUGGCAGAGUGAUGAUGGCACCCCAGACUGGAGUGUUCUAUGUCACUGUGUGUCUUAUUGUUGGGACAAGUGGAUUAUUUUUUGGCUUCGAUUGUCCGUAUUUGGCACUACAUGUAACACCAGCUAUACCGAUAAUAGGAGCUCUGUUAUUUUUGUUUGUAAUGUCCGCUUUAUUUCGUACGAGCUUUAGUGACCCUGGGGUAAUUCCAAGAGCAACACCUGAUGAAGCGGCUUAUAUUGAAAAGCAAAUUGAAGUACCAAAUGAUGAUAAUUCGAAAACAUACAGACCUCCUCCUAGAACAAAAGAAGUUUUGAUUAAAGGACAACCAGUAAAACUAAAAUAUUGCUUUACAUGUAAAAUAUUUAGGCCACCCAGGGCCUCUCACUGUAGUUUAUGUGACAAUUGUGUAGAGAGAUUUGAUCAUCAUUGCCCAUGGGUUGGUAAUUGCGUAGGCAGAAGAAAUUAUAGAUAUUUCUAUGCGUUUAUAGUGUCUUUAGCAUUUUUAUGCGUUUUUAUAUUUAUAUGCGCGAUUACACAUUUAAUCCUGCUUACUAAGGAUAACAAACCAUUCUUAGAAGCUAUGCGAUUAUCACCUGCCAGUGUUAUUGUGGGAGUUAUAUGUUUCUUUUCCGUAUGGAGUAUCUUAGGCCUUGCUGGCUUCCACACAUAUUUAACUAGCAGUAAUCAAACAACUAACGAAGAUAUUAAGGGAUCAUUUACGAAUAGAAGAGGACAAGACAAUUUCAAUCCUUAUAGUCAAGGAAAUAUUUGUGGGAACUUUUUUUACGUUUUGUGUGGGCCAGCUCCACCUAGCUUAAUUGAUCGAAGAGGAAUAGUUACACCUGAAUAUCGUGCGGAACACGAACGAGUUGGUGAUGACAAUGUGAUUUCUAAUAAGACGUAUGGUACUACCAAAAUUGUGCAACCGCAGUCGAAUGGUACGACGGUACACACGAGUCCUAGCACAGAUCUCACGGGUUCAAUGAACAACUUGAUCACCGGUCAACAUUCUCCACGAAUAGAGUCAAUAAACGGUGAGUUGACGCUCUUGAGACAUCCUACGCGUUAUUCCGAGGACUUAUCGAAAUAUCCGCGUCAUUACAUAAAUGAUACCUACGUGCCGCCGUAUCCGGGACAACAUUGCUCUCAGGAUUCCGUGAAACAUAAUAUAAAAUAUAAUACCACCGAAGUGGAUCGGUUGAAUCCGGACUUUCGGGAAUAUCCGUGCAGAUGCGAGGAAAGUUUGCAAAAAUAUCCUCACAGAUGUAGAGAAGAGUAUCAAAGGUGCUCGGACAACAAUCUUAUAUACGAUCAAUGCGUGGGUGAUCAAAAGUACGGUAUCGAUCUGCAAAAAUAUCCUCAGAGAUACUCCGAGGAUCCUUUGCGUUACAAGAUAAACGAAAAGAACGGUUACACCGAUCUGCAAAAAUUUCCCCAAUGUUACUCCGAGGAUCCGCUGCGGUUGUCGCAAUCCCCGCACGCGCUUAAAUACAACAAUCUAAGGUGCGUCGAUCACACUCUGAAGUAUCCGAUAUCAAAGAACAUUCUACCCGCGCGUAUAUUAGGCACGAGCGCCAUACCAAUUAUCGGGCAAACUGCGUUCGGUCUCAUGGUCAAUAGAUUCGGUUCCGGGCCGUUAACUAAUAAUCUAUCGUACGCCGAAAACUGGUUAUGUCCGAGCGAUACCACGGAGGAAGAUCUGUUGAAUCGGCGUUUCAUCAUGAGUUCAUUGAGCGAUAACGAAGAUAUUUAACGUCUAUUACGAAUUUCUCUUCCUAAGUAACGUAAUUUUCAAGUAUGAUUCAAGUAUGAUUCGUUCGUAACAUAAGAAACGAGAGAAAGAUUAUAUCGGUAAAAUAAUUGUAGUUACAAUUGUAGUUAUACACACAGAAGAAAUCGUGGAUACUCAUGAUAUUAGAAAGCUUUAAUAAUUAGAAACUUCUGACUCGUCCCUCCUCCGAGAAAUCUCUUUCACAGUGUAGAAAGAAAUGCACCAAUUUAUACAUAUGAAUGGUUAUAUGAUUGUUCUUGAUUCCUUUAAAUCGGGAAUUAAAAAAAAAAAAAAAAGUUAUAGUUGAUAGUUAUUAUAUACGAGAAAAUGUCAAAAGGUUGAAUUUAAUAUUGUUGCAAGGAGAGAUCUAUUUAUUUUUUGACUGUUUUGCAUUUUAAGCGUAAAGAUCUUUAUUUUAAAAAGUAAUAUGUAUAUUAUAUGUGAUGUUAUACAUACAUAAUGGUAUAUACGUGAGUUAUAUACAUAUAUACAAGGUAUAAGACAUAUACCUAUUUUAAUUGAUGUUCUAGAAAGGAAUAUAUAUAUAAAUAUUGCUUUCGACUUAUGUUAUGCAAUUAAGUUUAUAAUACGAAAGUAUUUGAAAAAGUUGUUUUUCUUUAAGCAUCACAAAUAAAUUUUUAUAAGAUGUUUAGCAAUUUAGUUGACAAAAACGCAAAAUAACCGAAAUAAUUCAAUAAAAUUUCUUUGUUGUUUGAAAUUACGUCCUGUUAUCGAGGGCUCAGAGCAUACUACAUGGUAGUACCACAAACAGUAUAAGUCAACUUGUUACCAACGAAAUACCGCUAGCGUCUCUCAAUAUAGCACCAAUUGAUAUCGAUGAAAUC